AUGGCGCCCGGCGGUGCAGUAUUCGUUUUCCUGUCAUUCUGCAUUGGAACUAUGGCUGCCGACUGUUCCUAUCUCUACAAACACUACGUUAAUGAGACGGAUACCUACAGAGAAGUCAUUCGCCUAAAAACCUGUAGCCGCACACAGGAGUGCUGUGGUAACUACACAGACAGGCGAUGCUGUCCCCUGUCAUCUCGGCAAACGUCGUCUUACGGCAAAAGUAACCAGCACGCACCUGCCCUGUUACUUAUUGGUAUAACGUCAGCCCUGGUGAUUAUUGGGGUGAUUGCCAUCUUCUGUUGGCGCCUGGUCUGUUUAUCCGCCUAUAAGGAAUCUCGUCUGUCUGUUCGGUCACAACCUGCUGGAACACAAGAUAGAAAUGAGGCCAAUUCUCGUCAGGACAGACGCCACGUGACUCGUCUUGGUCAUCACCAUGGCAUGCAUGGACACGGUCACCAUCAUCGCGUACAUGUUGCUCUUCCAAGUCCACAUUACUCGUCCCCAGUGGUUCUUCUAGAUGAACACUUCGCUGGUCCGCAUCCACCGGCAUAUACAAAGAAGUUCCCCGAGCUCAAGUACCUAGCCCCACCGUCAUACGAGGACACUGUUGCUGUUAGAGAAACUGAUCCUCCACCAGCAUAUACAGACGAACGUACAUCCACGUGUUCGGACCACGUGUCUAUAGAUAUGCACCAGGAAGAGGACACAGAGCGGUCACGAGAUCAAGCGAGUUAA